AGUUGAGUCCCAUUGAUACAUUAGUCUGUUUAAACACACUGUACAUCUGCAUGUGCUGGAAAAGCAACAUCUGUACAUUGAAUAAAGAUGUUUGGUGUCGUGGUGUUUAUUUUGUCAUGGUGCUCAGCUCUGAUUAGUGGCACUGAACUGACUUUCGAGCUGCCAGAUAACGAGAAUCAAUGUUUUUACGAGGAAUUAGAAGAAGGAGUCACGUUUCAUGUCGACUUUCAAGUUAUUGCUGGAGGCAACUAUGAUGUUGACUGUUUUGUGACUGAUCCAAUGAAUAAUGUUUUGUACGAAGAGCGCAAGAAGCAAUAUGACAGCUUCACUCAUACUACAGCCAUGAAGGGUGUUUAUCAGGUCUGCUUUGGCAACGAGUUCUCAACGUUUUCUCAUAAAACUGUGUAUUUAGACUUCAGAUCAGGCGAGGAGGAACAACUACUGCCUGAUAUGGCCAAGCCAACAGCGCUCACACAGCUGGAGUCGACCUGCAUAUCCAUCCAUGAGAUUCUGAAAGUGGUGUCAGACACGCAGACAAAGUACCGUCUUCGAGAAGCUCAGGACCGAAUCAGAGCAGAAGACCUCAGUGCACGGGUUUCUUACUGGUCCAUCGGAGAGGCUCUCAUUAUAUGUGUGGUCAGCAUCGGACAAGUCUUUAUGCUUAAGAGCUUUUUCAAGGAGGUGAAAACUACAAGAACUUAAUCUUCUUAUGACCACUUUCCAACCAUCCAUCCACAUUACAGUCUGUUGUAAUGAUCUGCUAUUUAACAGUUAUUCCACGAAUUCGAGUCGUAUAUGAGCUGAUAGCUGACAGAGGCAUGUUGCACCGAGUUGGCUAUAAGCCAUGUACGACCAGGUUGAGUGGAAUAACUGUUUUAUUCUAUCCACAGUUACUGGAUUUUGAGAAACACAGCAGUUUUAUUUUUAUUUUUUGCAAAUUUGAUAAAUUAAAACUUUUUUUACAAAACGUCCGACAAAAUCAUUUCCGCUUAGAAUGUAAACAAACCGGCGAAAUGACAGGAGCGAUUUGUGAAAAAUGAUAUAAUAAUAAUUUUUGAAAAAUAAAAAAGAUGCGUUCUUACCAUCAAAUAAUUUUAUUCAAUAUUUUAUUGGGGUUUUUUUUGUAUUUUUUGGGGGGUUUGUUUUCGAGUAGAGUUUUUAUUUCAUCCUCGGUUGGUUCAGCAACACGCUCCACCAUUUUGUUUUUUUUCUACUCGCAGUAUAUAAGCUGAUAUCCUAGUAGUAGAGUAGCCAAUCGGAGCACGCGAUCGCUCAUAUUCAGUGAAUGUGGAUAUAAUAAAGAUCUAUAGAUUACAAUACCAGCAAUGAUAUUAACAAGGAUGUGCUGUAUUUCCAAUAGAAUAUAAAAGGGAAAAAAAUGGGUACUGGUGCCAUAAUUAUUUAGUUUACGAAAAAGAAACCGCAAAUCUGUAUAAGCUUUCCUGGGUGUAGUAAUGAAUCU